AUGUUGGAGAGUCUCGUAAAGCUUUUUGAGGGCCUGGAAGCUUUUGAUCGCAAGCCUCCCGUGAAAUCAAUAGUCCAGAGUGUGGCAGAUGCAUAUGAGAUGUUAGGCAGGAUUGAAGAAAAAGAAAGGGUCUUGCAGAAGUACAACCAUCUUUUCACAGAAAAUGCAUCACUCAAGAAAUCUAGAGAGGCCUCGGCUAAGAAAAAGAAGAAACUUGGUUAG